AUGAGCAAUAAUACGAACAAUGAUUUAGCGGAUUAGAAUACUUCACAAUAAAGUUUCAGCCCAUAGCCACUUGAGACAUCAAAAGGAAUUGCAGAGAAUACAAAUCAAUAUAAAUAUUCAACUGAUUUUUAGGAUCCUUAUGUAAAAGGUCUAUUUUUCAAGAAUUUGUAUUGCUGUUUGAUAGGACAGUUCCUCUACAACUUACUUAUGAUUAUUCUAACAUUUAGUGCAGGAAUGAUAAAUUGGUUGGUGACUGAAGAUGAUUGUAAUUAAAGAUCCAGUAGAGAAGAAGAAAAUUGUGUAGUAACACCAAAAUGGUUGUUUUAUUUUUCUUUAGUUGUCUCAAUAAUAUUGUCAUUCACAAUAUAUUUUGGAGGAAGCGCUGUAAGAAAAGGUCCCAUAAAAAUCCUAAUAUAAAUUUUCUACCCAAUAUUUUAUGGAUUUACAUUUUCGUCUAUAUUCGCUUUUAUGAUUUACAAUAUGCAUCCAUUAGGGAUUUGGGAAACAUUGAGUAGUAUGUUUCUAAUCUUGAUAUUUUUAAAUAUUGCUUAUUGCGGCAAAAGAGAGGUUUCUUGCCUAUGUAAAACGAUUAUUAUUAUUGUCCCACCAAUAUUGUUAUCAGUAUUUUUUUUAUCGUUCAAAGCAGUUUUAUAUGGGAUCUUUUUGGAAGGUACAAUUAUCAGUAUGUUUUAUGGAUUCUAUUUAAUUUUGGAAGCAAGCUUAAUUCUUAAAAGCCGAAGACUAAAUUUAUAACCUGAAGACUAUUAGAUCGCAUCUUUGUUACUUAAUGGUCUUCUCGUUCAACCAUUAGUAAGAGUAGCUGAUAUAAUACUUAGUAUUGUAAUGUGA